GGAAGUCAGUUAUAGAAAAAUGUUAUUAUCACUUGGCAUUGUAAGCUUAUUUUGGUCUGUGUGUUAUACUACGUUUGUUUCUGAUAACGAGGAACUAAACAGAAUAUUUGCAGACAUGUCACCUAAAGUUGUUAAUCCUUUGAAGGAACCAAUUAUUUUAAGUUCAGAACCAGUUCAAGGAUUGCACUUAGCACUAAAAGGGCACAACGAAAUACUUGCAAUAUGGCUGACUCCUGUUCCUUUUAUAAAUAAUUCAUUUUCUCCAGCAUGUCUCUAUGGCAAUAUUCAUUCUGAAACGCCCAGUAAAGUACAAGGAAAAUCAUACACAUAUACAGCUGGAAUGUUUCAGUUAACAUUAAAUAGAGCUGUGUUAAAAUUAGAGAAAUUUGAAAACAUAUACGAUAUUGUUUACUACGUCUGUGGUGAUCCUGCUUACGGCUGGAGCACAAUCCAAAGUUUUAGUUUACAAAAACCAAAUAUGCUAACUCCAAAAGAAGUAAAUAGUUGCACAAUCUCAAAGUCAGAAAAUUCAUACAUUAGCAGUGUAAAUAGCAAAUCAGAGAAGCGUAAUUUGAUUGGAAUUGUUGGUGACCUUGGUGUCACAAAUAGCGAUGAAACAAUUGAAUCAAUUUGGAAUUUUACUCGUUCUUUAGAAAUGAAGAUUCUUAUACAUAUUGGCGACAUCAGCUAUGCAGACAAUUUCAGCAAACGAGAAGGAAACAAUUCGUAUAUAUGGACAGAAUAUAUGAAUAAAAUAAAAAGAAUAACGAGUAGAAUUCCAUAUAUGGUUUUACCAGGAAAUCAUGAAGUUCAGUUUAACUUUGGUGCUUAUCUAAACUGGUUUCGGAUGCCCUACUUGGAAAGUGACUCUGACUCUCCAUUCUGGUAUUCUUUCGAUUAUAUGGGUGUUCACUUCAGUAUGUUUUCCACUGAGCAUGACGUAAACCAAAGUUCAAUACAAUAUCAGUGGCUUGAAAAUGAUCUGAACAAAGCUAAUUUAAACAGAGACAAAGUACCCUGGGUUAUUGCCCUUGCACAUCGGCCUUUGUAUUGUAGCUCGCACAAUGCAAAUAUAAGUUGCAAAUCUCUCUCUACAAAGCUCAGAGCUGCAUUGGAAAAUCUUCUAGUACAAAAAAAUGUUGAUGUUUAUGUGAGUGGUCAUGUACACCAUUAUGAAAGAAGUUAUCCUGUUGCAAACAAUGUGGUUAGUAGCUGGAAUUACCAUAAUCCAAAGGCACCAGUACAUUUAAUUAAUGGAGCUGGAGGUAACCCUGAGCCAAAUGAUGAAUCUUUCUACAAUAAAGCCAAAUGGAGAGCUUUCUACGUUAAAGGCAAAGAUACUGGACAUGUUAUCAUGGAAGCUUUCCCAAAAGCUCUUCAUUUUCAGUACAUAAGAAGUAAAAAUAGUGCUGUGAUGGAUGAAUUCCGUCUUACACGAACUUGAAGAAUUGUAGAUUAAAUAUCUCUUUAUUCAUUG